AUGGUCUCCCUCAAGAUAGUCCAAGCAUCCAACGCCAGUCUACGAGCAAUCCCCAAUAUUACAGCCCUAUUCGUGGGAGGCACAAGUGGAAUAGGCCAGAGCACACUGCGUCAAUUCGCUAAACACACCGACAACCCAACAGCAUACAUAAUCGGCCGGAGUGAAUCACGAGCAAAGCCCUUCCUCUGCGAACUCCAACAACUAAACCCAGAAGGCCGCUUCAACUUCAUCGAAAGCGACGUAUCACUUAUCCGCAGCGUAGACGCAGCAUGCAAACAGAUUCUCCAACAAGAAAAACACCUCAACUUCCUCUUCAUGACACCCGGCGGCAUCUCCCUCGGAGGCCGAAACGAGACCAGCGAAGGAAUCGACUAUCUUUUCGCUCUGCGCUACUAUGCACGCAUGCGAUUUGUCCAGAACCUCCUUCCACUGCUGGAAUCAGCAGGUCCAAGUCGAGUAGUUAGUGUCUACGGCGGCGGUUUCGAGUUCGGGAUCAAGACCGAGGAUCUAGAUCUCAAGCAUAACUUCUCCUUACUCAAUGCCUACAAACAUUCCAUCACCAUGACCUCCCUGAGUAUGGAACACUUGGCUAAGACCCACCCAGCCGUUAGCUUCAUCCACGUCUACCCCGGUUUAGUGGGUACAAACAUCUACACAAACAGUUUCCCACCGCCUAUCUCGACAUUCUACAAUUACGGAAUGUGGCCUCUGAUGUGGCCUUUCUCCGUCGGUCUCCAGGAAAGCGGAGAACGGCAUCUGUUUCAUCUAAGCUCUGCGCGGUACCCAGCCCAGAAUGGCAUCAUGGCCCAGGGUGUUCCGGUCAAGUCAGGAGAUGUUGCGAAGGGUACGACUGGGGAGACGGGUAGUGGAGCAUACCUCUUGAAUUGGGACGGGGAGGUUCGACCGAGCCGAAAGAUUAUGGAGGAGUAUCGGGAGCAGCGGGUGCCUGAGUUGGUUUGGAGGCAUACCCAGGAUCUUUUGGAUCGGGCCGUUUGUCGGUGA